CGUUUUCGCCUGUGAAAGAACUGUGCAACAACCUCCGACAUGUUCUUCAAGACUCCCGAGGUAGGCUUUGAGCUAUGGGACAGACAAAAGGAUGGAACUGAGCCUUUACUUUCUUUAAAGCCCACCCACAGGACAUUUGAUUACGUACUAGUUGCCCAGAAGGAGGACGAUGACACCCAUCAAAAAGCUCAGAGACAAAGGGCCUUCAUCGAGCAGCUUGAGAAGAAAAGCAUCACCGUAACUAGGAUUGUUCAUGAUGACAAAGUGUUUUUUGGCUUGCGUGCUCCAAGUGAGAUAUUUGAAGACUACCAGUAUCUCCUAAAGGUCUCUGACUCUUGCAACUGGUGUGGAGAUUUGAGCAGGGCUGUCACCCAGGCUACCAGAAUCAGAAUUGUCGAUUUCAUUCUUCAUCAGACCUUUAUCAACACAGGGGAGAACUUGAAGGAGCUGCUGAUGAAAGAUGUUUUUGAAACUAUAUUCUGCCUUCACGAGAGAAAGAAGCAGCAACAACUGAAGAGAGAGUGGGCUCGAUGGUCGGGUCUGUUUAAAGGACAACCAGUUAACGACGUCAAAUGUUACUUUGGAGAGAAGGUGGCUCUGUACUACCUGUGGCUAGGCUGGUACACCAAGCUGCUGGUUCCAGCUGCUGCUCUGGGUGUUGUGGUGUUCCUAUAUGGACUUGCCUUUUUCAACACCAACCCUCUCAUUAAGGAAGUGUGUAACUCCAGCAUCAUCAUGUGUCCUCGCUGUGACAACAGGUGUACUGUGUGGCAACUGUCAGACACCUGCGCCUAUGCUAAGGUCAGUCAUCUAUUUGACAAUGACGGCACUGUGGCUUUUGCUAUGUUCAUGGCAAUCUGGGCUACUCUGUUCCUGGAGCUUUGGAAGAGACAUAGAGCCAGACACGUUUCUCAGUGGAAUGUCUAUGACUGGUGUGAAGAUGAGGAAGAGCUGAUUCUGGAAAUAGUCAACAAUCCAGACUGCAAUCCCAAACAGUUCAGACACUCCUACCUGCGCAGCACUCUGGUCCUCAUCCUGGUAACUCUAAUGCUGAUGCUCAUCAUCGGGCUUGCCCACCUUCUGGUUGUGUUUCGAGUGGUGGCCGCUGCCUUGUUCUCUGAGGGCAGCUGGGAGUUUAUCAGAGACCAUGCCAACACCAUUGCCAUGAUGCUGGGAGCUGUGCUGCACUAUGUCACCAUUCAGAUCAUGACUCGGGUAAACCGAUGGAUUUCUCUCAAGCUUUGUGACAUGGAGAAGACAAACUCGUUUGCUGCCACAGAGAGGAGCUUCACAGUUAAGAUGUUCACCUUCCAGUUCUUCACCCUUUUCUCUUCACUCUUCUAUGUGGCCUUCUUCCUGGGCAGAAUAAAUGGCCAUCCAGGAAAUUAUGUGCGUAUUGCUCGCUGGAGACUGGAGGAGUGCCAUCCUAGUGGUUGUUUGACAGACCUUUUCAUCCAGAUGGCUGUAAUCAUGCUUCUCAAACAGAUUCUCAACAAUAUCUUUGAGUUCACAGUGCCCUGGCUGAAGAGCUGUCUGAGCAGAAACACAGCAAAGAAGCUGGAGAGGAAAUGUGGUCAGUGUUACAGGAAAGCUUGCCAUGAUGUACAGGGAUCUGUUGAACCGUGUGACAUCUGCAAACUUCGGGACUGGCUGCGUAACUAUCAUCUGGCCAACACAGACGCCUUUGGCUUGUUCAAUGAGUUCCUAGAAAUGGUUCUCCAAUUCAGUUUCACCACCAUAUUUGUGGCUGCGUUCCCCCUGGCCCCGCUCCUGGCUCUAAUCAACAACAUCUUCGAGAUCCGACUAGACGCCAUCAAGAUGGUAUGCCUUGAACGCCGGCUGGUUCCCAGGAAGACCAAUGACAUUGGUGUUUGGACGAAGGUGUUGGAGGCCAUCGGUGUGAUGGCGGUGAUGGCUAAUGGCCUUGUCAUUGGAGUGACAUCAGACUUUAUUCCACGCCUUGUGUAUCAUUACCACUAUGGCCCAUGUGCUAAUGGAAGCUCUCACACACACUGCAUGCAGGGCUACAUUAAUGACACUCUGUCCACGGCUUUUCUCAGUCACUUUGCAGUUCGAAAGGACUUUGCUGAUACUCAGAUGAGGACAGAUAUUGGCUUUAAUGUUACACAGUGCAGCUAUAGAGACUACAGAAGUGAAGAGGACUACACACUGACUUCUCAGUUCUGGUUAGUCUUGGCAGUGCGUUUUGCCUUUGUCAUCCUGUUCGAGCAUGUUGUGGUGGUUUGUAAGUUUGUUGCAGCCUGGUUUGUCCCCAACAGUCCCAUGCAGGUAAAAAAUGAUCGUCUACAUGACAAACUGGCUCGGCUAAAGGAGGAAAUCCGAGAAUUGAAACGUAGAAGAUCGACUGACGUCUGAACCUUCCACAGAUGUAACCAAAUCUGCCCUAGCUGACUGGUCCGG